CCCCGAGCGCGGCGCCGGGAACAUGAGCGCGGGCUCGGAGCGCGGGGUGGCGGGGGCCCCCGGCGUGGUGCCCGCGCCCUGCGCCUGGAAAGUGGAGCUGUGGCUGAGCUGCCGGCACCCAUUCACCAAGUCACCCAGUGAGGUGGAAGCCCCUUCCGUGUGGGGUCUGCUCACCUCAGGCUGCUUGCAGGUAGAUAGAACCGAGGUGGUCUGGAGCAGCCUGCACCCCGUGUUCUCCAAGGUCUUCUCGCUCGACUACUACUUUGAGGAGGUGCAGAAGCUGCGCUUCACGGUCUAUGACACCCGCCGACCCAGCAGCCGUGGCUGUCAGGAUGACGACUUCCUGGGAGGCAUGGAGUGCACCCUGGGCCAGAUUGUGGCCCAGAAGAAGAUGACCCGCGCACUCUUGCUGAAGUUUGGCAGGAACGCCGGCAAGUCCACCAUCACGGCGAUCGCCAAGGACAUCUCUGGGAACAAUGGCUAUGUGGAGCUCUCCUUCAGGGCCAAGGAGCUGGACGACAAGGAUCUCUUCAGCAAGUCCGACCGCUUCCUGGAGCUGUACCAGAUCAAGGAGGACCAGAGUGAGCAGCUGGUGUCCAGGACAGAGGUGGUGAACAACAACCUCAGCCCGGUGUGGGAGCCCUUUAAGGUGUCGCUGAGCUCCCUGUGCAGCUGCGAGGAGACGCGGCCUCUGAAGUGCCUUGUCUGGGAUUAUGACUCCCGCGGGAAGCACGACUUCAUCGGAGAAUUCUCCACCACCUUUGAGGAGAUGCAGAAAGUCUUUGGGGAGGACCAGGCAAAGUGGGACUGCGUGAAUGCCAAGUACAAGCAGAAGAAGCGUAAUUACAAGAACGCUGGGGUGGUCAUCCUGGCAGACCUGAAGUUCCACGGGGUCUAUUCUUUCCUGGACUACAUCAUGGGCGGCUGCCAGAUCCACUUCACCGUGGCCAUCGACUUCACGGCCUCCAAUGGUGACCCCCGGAACAGCUGCUCCCUGCACUACAACAACCCCUUCCAGCCCAAUGAGCACCUACAGGCCCUGGCGGCUGUGGGUGAGAUGUGCCAAGACUAUGACAGUGACAAGAGGUUUUCUGCUUUGGGGUUUGGAGCCUGGAUUCCUCCCAAGUAUGAGGUGUCCCACGACUUUGCCAUCAAUUUCAACCCUGAGGACGAUGAGUGUGAAGGAAUCUAGGGCAUGGUGGAGGCCUACCAGAACUGCCUGCCCAGGGUCCAGCUCUACAGCCCCACCAACGUGGCGCCCAUCAUCUCCAAGGUGGCCCGCAUGGCAGUGGCUGAGGAGCACACUGGGGAGGCCUCCGAAUACUACAUCUUGCUGAUUCCGAUGGACGGCGUGGUGACUGACAUGGCGGACAUGCGGGAGGCCAUCGUACACGCCUCCCACCUGCCCAUGUCCAUCAUCAUCGUGGGAGUGGGCAACGCCGACUUUACCGAUAUGCACGUCCUGGACGGGGACGAUGGCGUCCUGUGUUCCCCUAGGGGCGAGCCUGCGCUCCGCGACAUCGUGCAGUUCGUGCCCUUCCGGAAGCUUAACAACAUGAGUGCGUCCCCAGCGGCGCUGGCCAAGUGUGUGCUGCCCGAGGUGCCCAAGUAGGUGGUGGAAUACUACAGCCACAAGGACCUGCCUCUGCGAGGCCUCGGCACCCGCCGCCGAGAGGCUGGCUCAGGCUCAGCCCUGUGA